ACUCUUAGAAAACCCCUCGAUUUUCUCAUUUUCUCAUUUUCUCGUCAUCCAAGGAAGACGAUGACUGGUGCCAACACAGUUUCUGGUGGUGAACAUGGUUCGGACAAGAAGAUUCAUGGUGACAUCGAUGUGAGCAAAGUCAAAGCACCAAACAUGUUCGAACGUGCCAAAGAGGAAUUCGAUGCUGUUAUUGGGGUGAUUCAUCAACACAAGAGUUCCAGGGACGAAUCUGAUAAAAUGGAACUCAAAUCCGAGAAAACAGAAGAUGCAAAGAAGAAACGGAAUAUGAUAAGAAACGCCAAGGAAGAAAUCAAAUCUCUAUUCCAUUCAAAGGAGAAACCUCAUCGCCACCAUCAUCAUCGCAAAGAUUCUCAUGGAAGCAGUGAUGAUAUCGAUGAGAACACGCAUGUGGAUGAAGUGAAGGCUCCCAAUGUUUUCGAUAGAUCCGAGGAAGAGAUCGAGGCCGUCGUCAUCGACACCAUCCAUCCCGAGAAGAAUGAGAUUGACGGUUCUGAUUCUCCUAAGAGUUCUAGGUCUGCCUCACUGGAGAAGGAAAGAGCUGGAUUUGGAUGCUCUCUUGGAAAGUGGCUUGAAAAGAUUUGUGCUCCUUGGGGUGAUAACAAAAAAGAUUGAGUUAUUAAUAAAUUGAUCAUGAUCAUGAACUUGUUUUCUAUUUGUCGAAUGGUAAA